UUGUAUUCCCCUUUGAAAUGCAUAGUAUGUAUACACUACAAAUGCAUUAACCAUCUAUUAUUUCUAAUCGAUUAAUCAUAUUUGUAACUGUUACUAUUAUUUCGGUUUGAAUUUUGGCGGUGUAUUGACGACGUAAAUUAUAAGUUAUUCCGUGCUAUUAAUUUGAUAUUAUUGUAUGUAUAACCAAUGUUAAUUUAUUUCGUUUAUAAAUAUUCUUAUAACAAUUAAUUUUCCAAUGUCAUAAUAUUAUUUGAUUUGUGAAAGGGUUUUCUCUUUUUUCCCCCCCCUCCUCUUUUGAACGAUUUAUUUAAAUAUAACUAAUUAUCUUAGUAUUCUGUAAAACUACAAGUUUCUGUCAUUUACUUUUGUGUUGCAGCUGAAAUAUGAAUCGGAGUAUCCUUGACCGAUCAAAACGGAUGCAUGAAAGCACCUUGGAACUUAUUGAUGAAGAUAAAGAAACACCUAAUAAAAAUGACAGUAACAGAAAAAUUCCCAUGAAAGUAUUCACUAUUGAUGAUUUUGAUAUUGGACGACCUUUAGGAAAAGGAAAAUUUGGAAAUGUUUACCUUGCUAGAGAAAAGAAAACUCAUUUUAUUGUUGCACUAAAGAUCCUUUCAAAAUCGCAAAUUUUAAAGAAUGGAGUGGAACAUCAAAUACGUCGAGAAAUUGAAAUUCAAACACAUUUGAGGCAUCCUAAUAUUUUGCGUAUGUAUGGUUACUUUUGGGAUGACACCAAAAUCUAUCUUAUUCUUGAAUUUGCUGCUCGUGGAGAGCUGUACAGAACUCUCCAAAAGCACCAGUACUUUGAUGAAAAAACUGCUGCUACAUACAUGGCUCAGUUAGCAAAUGCAUUCAUAUAUUGUCAUUCUAAAAAAGUGAUUCAUAGAGACAUCAAACCUGAAAAUUUAUUAUUGAGCUUAAGUGGUGAUAUAAAAAUUGCUGACUUUGGUUGGUCUGUUCAUGCACCUUCAUUGAAACGCAAGACCAUGUGUGGCACUCUGGAUUAUUUGCCACCAGAAAUGUUGGAUAAUAAAGUAUAUGACUCUACUGUAGAUUUGUGGUGUCUUGGUGUUUUAUGUUAUGAGUUUUUAGUGGGAAAGCCUCCAUUUGAAUCGGAUACUACAUCCGAAACCUAUGCAAAAAUUCGAAAAGUUGAUGUCCGCUUUCCUAGCAGAGUUUCUGAAUUAGCUCAGGAUUUCAUAAUGAAGCUGCUAAAGAGAGAUCCACGCCAAAGAAUGAGUUUAGAAGAAAUGCUCGAGCAUCCCUGGAUUUUACAAAAUGCAAAAACAGCAUAAAAGAAUCCUGAAAUUGAAGCUAUAAAAAUGAAGAAAACCUUUGUAUAUAUCUAAUUUCAAAUGUGAAUGAUUUUUUAUUAGAAAACUUUGUGUAUAUUUUUUAUUUUUGACACUAAAGAGGUGUAGAAUUUUUCAUUUCUGUUCCAUCUUUUAAACAGAAAUGACAUAUGUUUUCUGGCAUUUUUCUGUAAUGCUAUUAAUUGGUUGCUUUUAUAUUUUUAA